ACUUAGCCUUAGGACUUCCAAUGAGAUGACGCGUCCACAGCAACCAAUCAGAAGCGAGGUGGGCGUGUUUAAAACUGGCCGCCCAAAAGGUUAUCAGCCUGUCUCUCCCUCUGUCUCUCUCUCUCUCUUACUUUAUCUGUCACUCAUACCACACUCUCUUAGUAACUCACUCUCACUCUGUCCCUCAUUCUCUUACUCUCUCUCUUAAUCCCUCACUUAUACCGCACUCUCUCAAUCCUUCACUCUCCCUCCCUCUCCCUCACUCUCUCAGUAAGUCUCCUCUCUCUCCCUCUCAUUCACUCACUAACGCAUAUGAAUGCUGGAGCGCGCGCGCGGUCCCUCGCAGUGUCAGCAUGCCUGAGCAGGGCGCGUGCGCGUGCGGCGGCUGCAGGCGGCUCGUGGCGCUGAUAGCGGUGUCGCUCGCGCUGCACAUCGUGACGCUCGCGUGCUACGCGGAGCUGCGCGCGCAGGUCAAGCGCGAGAUCACGGCCCAGCAGAGGAGCAGAGACACGGACAUAGUGCACGAGCAGAGCAGAACAGAGAGAUGGAGAGAAACAGAGGAGAGAGUCAUCCUACGUUCCAAACGUUCAGAAGACAAUCCACCUGCCAAUGGGAAAAGAAGAGAUGGGAGGAAGGGAGGCGAGAAAAGAAAAGGGAAGAAGGGCCCCCGAGGCCCUGAGGGACCACAGGGCCUCCCCGGCCCACCUGGUCCACCUGGACCCCCCGGGCCUCCUGGAAUCCCAGGAUUCCCUGGAUACCCCGGCACCAAUGCCAUGGGGCCCUCAGGACCACCAGGACCUCCAGGGCCUCCCGGUCCCCCAGGGCCACAGGGUCCUCCUGGGCCUCAGGGACCAGGUAAGGGUGGAGGUGAAAAGGGCAGAUUUAGAGACACACAGCCAGCUGUUGUGCACCUGCAGGGUCAGGAAACGACCAUACAGGUGAAAGAAGAUCUUUCAGAAGGUGUCCUAAAAAACUGGAAGAUGAUCCUGACUCACCCGCGAGUGUUUAAGAUGCACUCGCGCUCUGGAGAGCUGGAGGUGCUGGUGGACGGAACGUACUUCAUCUAUAGUCAGGUAGAAGUGUACUACCUGAACUUCACAGACAUAGCAAGCUACGAGGUUAUGAUUGAUAAGGACCCGUUCCUGCGCUGCACGCGGAGUAUUGAGACUGGACAGCGCAAGUUUAACACCUGCUACACUGCAGGCGUGUGUUGGCUCCGUGCAAAACAACGCAUUUCCAUCCGCAUGGUGUACGAAGACACCUCCAUCUCCAUGAGCAACCACACCACCUUCCUCGGCAGCAUCCGUCUAGGGGAAGCCCCGCCCACUGGACAUACCUGAGCCAAUCUGCUCAGGUUUCAAAGUCUGAUAGACACAGCUGAGCCAAUUAGCUCACAGACCAUAGACACGCCCAAGCCUUUGGGGCUCACAAACUAUGCCUGAGGUAUUAAUCUCAUAGAAUAUACUGAUAGAAACUUUUGAGCUAUUAGGCUCACAGACCACGCCCAUCAAUCAGACCUGAGCCAUUAGGCUCACAGACCACACCCAUUGACCUGAUGUGAGCCAUUAAGCUCCUAGAUGAUGCCCACCGAUCUGACCUGAGCAAUUAAGCUCCCUGACCACCCCCACAGAACAGACCUGAGCCUUUAAACUCUCAGACCACGCCCACCGAUCAGACCAGAACACUGUUUAGACAUAUCUGUGCCAAUGAGCUCAUACAACCUGCCCAUAUAACACACCAUUAAUCUCACACCCAUGAGAUGAUCAGCUUACAGACCACACUCUCAAAAUAUACCUGAGUCAAUCAGCACAUUGAACUCACCCUCAAAGAGACACCUGAGCCCUUAUGCAUACAGAAUAAGUCUACAGGACAAGGUUGAGCCACGUCUAGGACACAAGAUCAGCUCAGACCCUGUGGACACACCUGAACUAUCUGACCAGCUCACUGACCACACCUUCAUGCUCAGGACAGCCAAUCAGCUUACUGACCUUGACCACAGACCCUCCUGAACCAGCUGUCUCAUAUCCACAGUUAUCUCCUAAACCAAUCAGCUCACAGACACAACUUUCUGAACACAGCAGAGCCGGUCAGCCCACAGACCACGGUCAGAAAAAAAACCCUGAACCAGUCACUCAUGAAUCAAAUUUUUAGGACACUCAUUUUUGUGGCACAUCUGCAAGUAAAGUUUUUUAUUAAAAGUUCAGUCAGUAGUUCAGUCAACCAUAGACAGGAAAAGUGGAAAUUGCGUGCAUGGAUUUUUACAGAAUGUAAAUUGAAUGUAAACAUUGUUAUGUAAUAUAUGUAAUUAAUAUGUAAUUAUGUAGUUUCAUUUACAUAAAAUAGCAAGAGUUAAAGUUAGCAGUUAAACAAGUUUCAUUUGAAUAACCUACCUUUAGAAAUACAGACAGCAUUGAGCAAAUCCUUUUUUGUUUUAAUAUGACACUACUGACUCAUCCCUAGCCAGUUCCAGCUUGCCAUUACAUAUCGUAUGAUUUCUGCUUUGCAAUUAACUGGUGAUGUUGGAAGACUUUAUUAUUAUUAUUAUAACACACUAUUGUUUUUGUGUCUAUAUAGUGACUGGUAACUAAGCUGUUACAGCAUGCAAAUCUGCUGGGCUGUGGAAAGCUGUCCAGUGCCAUCAUAUGGUCAAAUUAUGAAGUGCAGAUUUUACAGGAAGCAGAUUGGGCAUUUGAAACUGAUUUGCAUAUUCCGAUAUAAACACUAACAUUAGAUACUGGAAUAUUUGUAAUAAAUAUUAAAUAUGUAGCAGCAAAUAGUUUUUUUAUAUGCAACAACAACAGUAUUUCUAUUGGCUCAAACAAACCCCUGUGGCCCCACCUUCUACUUCACAAAGUACAAACUACAGUUUGAAUUUCAUAUCACUUAGUUCAUAUAAGAACAGUGAUAUAGAACAGUUAGUUACUUUAUCACAGCUUCAGAAACACACUGAACACACGCUCAUCAAAUGAGCACUGGUAAAAAUGUAUCUAAAAUUAAAUGUUUCUUUUUUUCUAGCUAAAUGUUCUAGCAUAAUGCUAACUGCUAAUAACAGUUCUUCCAUUUCAGUACCAGUUUUAACAGGCCCUUGUCCACGUCCUUAUGUUGUUACAUUUCGUGUAAAAGUGGAGUUAGAAGCCUUAAGAAUGACAAGGAAUCAGGCAACCACAGCUAUUGUCUUUAGCAGAAGAACUUAGAAACUACUGACCCAAAGCAAACCUAAUUCUUUAUUUAACAUAUGUAAUUAAUUAUGUGUGUAACUACAUUUACAUGAAAUAGCAAAAAAAUAAUGAGCUAACUGACUUGCUUGUUAGCAUUAAGCAUUAUAUUUACUCUAGUAUUUCACUGCUGAUUCAAUGCUGACAAACUGCAUUUUUCUUUUUAGCCUGCUAAGGUUGAUAUUUAAAACUACUUUAAAAUACUGAUUGACAGUAUCAUUUAAUUUUCUGGACUUAAGCCUGUAAAGUUUCUAUCUAUAAUGAUACAGCUUUCUUUCUGUACUUGCUAGUUUGCUAGAUAACAGACAUACAAGUGCUACUCUGCAGCUUCACACCAACGCAUACAGCAGCCAAACAUGGCAACUAUUCUCUAGCUUUGUAAACAUUCUAUUCAAAUAUCUUAAAAAAAUAUUUUUAAAAAUGAAUUCACAGUGCAGCGUUAGCAUGGCUAACUGAUUAUCACACAGAGGCUCACUUGUCACACAUUGUCAGAAACCACAUCAGUAGGCUAUUAGAGAUUACCGAACACUUUCACACAGUUGGAAAUGCGUGUGUGAUGGUUUAGACAGUGCUAAUUGGUGGGGCACUUGUUAGCGACAUUAGCCUUGUAGCCCCAGUGCAAGCUUUGGUUCUUUCCUACAGACUUUCGCUUUAAAUUCCAUUUCUAUACAUCACUAUACGUUCAAGGUCAGUACAUGUGUUGCAGAUAUGAAGCAGAAAUGUGUGUAAACAUUUCAGAGCGACGCGGUUUUCCUAUGCCUUUUCGACACGCUUGUCAUCAUGUGUUGUCUCUUUGUGGUGAGGGUGUGUGUGUGUGGGUUUGUUUGGGUUUGUGUUGAAGCCGUUUAUGCUCUGGCUGUUCCACCUGCCUGCCGUUAGCAAACACAAACUGAUGCAGAAGCAUUUUCGUAAUUAGGGCUGAUUCUGACUGAGGCCUGCUGUGGGUCUCAGUGUCGGUUCGUUUUGCCUCCGCUAACACGUUCCACCCUCAUCAUCAGACGUUUGAGUUUUUCUCACUUCUCACAACUCAAAAUUUCUAAUAACAUUAUGAGAUUGUUUUAAAAGUAUUAUUUGAUUUAUAAAGCCCAUAUUUAUUUUCCUGAUGUCCGUGUGAAGCAUUUGCAUGAGUGUAUGUACCAAAAAUAGACUAUUACAUUUUACACAACUGACUCAUUACUCAUGUAAAUGAGUUGUGUUCCGAAUGACUGCUCUAUAUUCAGAUUUUUUCCUUAAGAAUUCAAGACUGGAACACUCUGAUAACUUAAGUGUGAGAUGGGGAUAAAACUGCUGUAGGCUGAACUGUUAUACUUAAUUCUACCAUUUUUUGGACAUGAAAGUAAAAUCUACAAAUUUACAGUGUUCUUUACGUUGUGUCAAUUUGCUUUAUAAAAAAAUGUUUCAACAGCAGAAAAGGUUUAAUUUUAUUUUUUCUAAUACACGCAUUGAUCAUGUGAUACAUUUUCCAGUUUCCCAAUGAUCACAUAAAUGCAAACUAACUAGUUAUGAUGGUUAUGGUUAAUCUGAAAGCCCCACAAACCAUGGUCAGUCCACACACCUGAGCCAUAGAACAGCAAGUGUUUGUGUCGGCAAAAACAUAUCAAAUCAUGAUUUUAAUACAUUUCCGAACUGGAUAUGCUACAGAUUGAUUUUUAAGAUUACAGAUUCGAUUACAUGUUUCGAUUUUUUUUUUUCAUACAUCAUACAUAUGAUUUUAGUUAAUCACAGAAACAACAGAAAAUAUUUUUGUUAGUUAAUGAUUCUAUAUAAAACUGUAAAAUAACAGUUUAAAGAACCUUCUGGUUAUUUAAAUAGAUAUUUUACGGUAUUAAAGGCUGCAUCACAGUGGAGCAUUGUGUAAUAGGGAAUUCUAACUUGUUGAGGGACUGGAAAGAACUAAACUGGGAAUUCACAUGAUCAGUAACUGAGCAGCAAUGCAGUUGUGAGUACACUGCAUUUCUAAUUGUAAGUCAGCAGGAAAGGCCCAGGUGUGUUAGAGGCUGGAUUGAAACAGAACCAUGAACUGGCUGCAGCUGUAGUGAGACUAUAUUGCUCAUCCUUUAGUUUAGACUGCUUAAACAACUUCAAUUUAAACUGGUUAAUAUGAUUUGUUAAUAUAGAGCGAAAGUAGUUGUAUGACAGGUGAUGAUAAUACUGAUGAUGACGGUGUGUUUAGCUGUGAGUGUGUGUGCAUGUGUGUUGACUGUAAGUGAGGAUUGUGUGUGAUCUUUCUCAAUGUUUUUUUUUUCUGAAAAUAAUGUACAUUUGUAUACGAGAACUGUAAAUAUGUAGAUAAUAUACAACUGUUCUCUUUUUAUUCUCAACUUUUGUAAAAUGGCAUUGUUUUUAUAUAAAAAAAUUAC